UCUGCAUUCCUGCUGCCGUCUUACCUUCUCGUCCCUGUUACGUCGUUCCUGUUCCACUCGACCGAAAAUUCCCGAUCGGGCAACCAGAUGGAAGCCGACGCCGCCUCCUCGCUCAACCCCCGGGCGCCAGAGGAAGCCUCACAAGAGGAUCCCUCGCCAGCGCGCUUCUCCUCCACCGGCGCGGCUGCCCCCUCGACCACGGUGACGUCUCCCGGGGCAAGGGAGGUGGCGGCGGCGAUGGAGGCAGUGGAGCGAGACGCCGCCGCCAUCGCCGAGAGCUACGCCUCCCUAUUCGCCUCCCUCCGCAUCACACUGUCCAACGUUACCUCGACGUCAGCCGAUAACAUGGAGUGCUUGGGCGAAGUUGUAGGCCGCCUCCAGGAGUCAGCACUUGAAGCGUCUUCCAGAGGCAAUAAGUACAUCCAUUCAUGCCUGAGGUUAAAUGAGGAAAUGCGAGGCUUGGAAAGCCUAAGUAUGCAGCUAAAGAUUAUGCGGAAGAUCGUUGAUUCACUAGAUUUGGCUGUUGAUCGGCUGCUCCACCUCCCGUAGUUCAUGCAUCUAUCAAUAGCUUCUACAAGGAACUUCUGAUGAAAUUUAUAUUCACCAAGUAGCUGUCACAUUUGAAGAGGCAACCGACUACUGUAAAUCUGAAGUGGCGUGUACAAGCAACGGAGAAGUUUUCCUCUUCCACGACAUGACAAAAUUCUCCCAACUCUUCGACUUUAUUGUUCUUCCUUAUGUGUAUUUGGGAUCAAUGAUAUGUAUUUGUUGAGAAAUAACUAUUUGCAACUCUUCCAUCCUUUAGGGCAUAUUCAAUAGAUUGUAUGUUAGUCUUGUUGGUAAAAUGUCCAUGUCAUCAACCAACAAGCUAUCAUACAACUAUUCCAAUGGGUUGUAUCUAAGGUAUCCAAUAGAUGAUGAGAAAAUAAAUGUGAUUGCUCUCUAUUUCA